AUGGAUAAGUCAUGGAUAAACAAACCACAUUUAUCUCAAGAUUACAAAUUAGGAGUGAAAAGCUUCUUGGAUUUUGCAUUUGGCAAAUCAACUGCACUGGUGAUGAAAUGUCCAUGUAACCGUUGUUCUCUGGUCAAAUCUAAGUCAAGAGAAGAUGUCGAAGGUGAUUUAAUGUGCUUUGUUUUUUUAAAUACUUACACAAGUUGGUACCUACAUGGAGAGGAUGUAUGUGUCACAGAGACUGCUCAAGUGCCUUCUGAUAUUGCUCAAGUUGAAUCGGAUUCAACUGUGAAUCUCUUGGAUGAUCUUUUUCCUAAUAGUGAUACGAAUAUGCAUGGUGGUGAUGAACCUGGAUCGUUUGAGCAUACUAUGGGUACUGAUAGGCCAUCAACUUCAAGUGGAAAUUGUGGAGAAGGGGAAGAUUUUGAUGAGCUGUUUGCUGAUUUUAAUCAAGAGCUAUAUACAGGAUGCACUAAGUUCACGAAGUUGUCCUUUCUAUUGAAGCUAUACCAUAUCAAAUGCAUGUGCGGGAUUAGUGAUAAGGGGAUAUCCAUGGUGCUUGAUUUGCUGAAAGAAGCAUUUACACAUGCCAAACUGCCAGACUCCUUUAAUGGCAUGAAAAAGGUUAUUCGCAAAUUAGGAUUGAACUACAAGUCAAUCCAUGCAUGUCCGAAUGAUUGCAUGUUAUAUUGGGAGGGAGAUGCAGAAAGGGAGGAUUGCAAAGUUUGUGAAGCUUCUCGCUGGAAAGUUUCUGAAGCUUCUCGCUGGAAAGUUUCUGAAAAGAGUACAGUCUCUGGAUCAGAAAAUAUAACAAAGAAAGCUCCUGCAAAAGUUUUGCGUUAUUUUCCUCUAAAACCACGGCUGCAACGUUUAUUCAUGUCAUCAAAGACGGCUAAACACAUGACAUGGCAUGUGACUGCUAGUAACAGUGAUGGUAAGCUUCGACAUCCAAGAGACGGAUUGGCUUGGAAGGCAUUCGAUCAAAAAUAUCCUGAAUUUGCAUCUGAUCCGAGAAAUGUCAGACUAGGCUUGGUGACUGAUGGUUUUAACCCGUUUGGUACAAUGAGUAGUAGUCACAGCAUAUGGCCAGUUAUACUAUUUCCUUAUAAUUUUCCACCUUGGAUGUCUAUGAAGCAGACAUCAAUGAUCUUGUCUAUGGUUAUCCCUGGAAAGCACAUGCCUGGGAAUGAUAUAGAUGUCUACUUGCAACCACUUAUCAAAGAGUUGAAGGAGUUAUGGUCUGAUGGGAUUGAAACACUAGAUUCCUCCACAAAACAAAGGUUUAACAUGCGAGCAGCGAUCAUGUGGACAGUUAGUGAUUUUCCGGGUCUUGGAAAUUUGUCUGGGUGGAAUACGUAUACGACAUUAGCUUGUCCAAGCUGCAAUUAUGAAGGCAUCGGACAACGUUUACGCCAUGGGAGAAAAAACUGUUUUAUUGGCCAUCGUCGUUUUCUCCCUCAAGAUCAUGACUUUCGUCAAAAUGAAACAAAUUUUGAUGGAAAAAUAGAAACCAGAGCUCCACCAGGUACGAUUUCAGGUUCUACAAUUAUUCAUCAGCUAGAACAAGUUAAUGUUAGACUUGGUAAGAAACCUCGUGUAUUUGGAGUGGGAAAAAAGAGGGCUCGAAGUGUUGGUGAAAGUUCUGAGAAAAAUGUGUUUGACAAUCUAGUUUACACAUUAUUGGAUGACAAAGACAAAUCGAAGGAUAAUCUGAAUGCUAGAAAAGAUCUCUGUGAGUUGGGUAUACGUUCUGAAUUGUGGCCUGUUGAUAAUGAGAAGUAUCAAGCAGCAUGUUUUACUCUGAACAAGGAAGGCAAAGACAUCUUCUUAAGUGUCUUAAAGAAUGUAAGACUCCAUGAUGGUUAUGCUUCAAACCUAUCAAGUUGUGUUGAUGUGUGUAGUGGAAAGCUAUCAGGCUUGAAAAGCCACGACUGUCACGUGAUAAUGAGAGAUUUAUUCUCAGUUGCUAUUCGGAAUCUGCUGCCGGAAAAUGUGAGAUCAACCAUUAUCGAGCUUUGUCAAUUUUUUAGAGAUAUAUCUGCCAAGGUCCUUGAUAUCGAUGAGCUUGAUAAAUUACAAGACCGUGUUGUCUUGAUUUUAUGUCGCAUGGAGAUGUUUUUUACUCCGUCAUUUUUUACGGUGAUGGUACAUUUGAUCGUACAUCUCACAGAAGAGGCAAAGUAUGGAGGGCCAGUUCCAUUUCGUUGGAUGUAUCCCAUUGAGAGGAAGUACAAAAAUGAGCUAUGGAUGCAGAACUCUCAACUAAACAGAAGGAAUCGUGCUAUAGACAUUGAUCGAGAAAUGCAUCUUAAUUUUGCAAAAUGGAUCAAACAGAAAGUAGAGAUGAAUGAGAUAGACGGGAUUACUGAUGAUUUGCGAUGCUUAGCUCUUCGUCCAUCAGAACAAGUUGUGAAGUAUACAGCUUACAAUGUCAAUGGUUUCAAAUUCCGGACAACAAAAAGAGAUUCUAGCCUGAAAACACAAAAUAAUGGUGUUUAUGUGGCUGCUGAGACUAUGAGCUAUGCUAGUUCUCGUGAUCCAAAUCCUAGAGCAGAAUGGAAGAUCGCUGUUCACAUUCAGCCUAAGGAUGUUUAUGAUAUGGGAGAUCCAAAUGAUUCAGAAUAA